AUAAUGCUAUAAAUACCCAGUCGACUGAGCUUUCAUCUCAGUUUGGCUUCGCACUCUCUUGUGAUGAAUAUAAUCAGCGCUUUGAGCAUUUCACUUUAUGUGGCAACAGCUGGUCGGCUUUCGUUAGCUGAUGAUGGCGGUAAUUUUUGUACGAGAGGAGAUGGACAGCCUGGAAAAUGUAUAGAUAUUAGAGAGUGUCAAAAAAUAGACGACUUAUACCAUCUGAUUAUAAGGAAACAGGGAACACCUGCUGACCAACAAUACAUGAGGAAUUCACGUUGCCCCGUUUAUAAAGCGAAUCAUGUAUGUUGUGAAGAAGAAGUAUCCGAGGAAGUUAAAAUAUUGUUGGAACAGGAUUGUGGUUAUAUAGGUCCCUCUCAGAAGGUACUCUUUGGAAAUGAGAUAAAAUUAAUGUCAAGACCAUGGAUGGCUCUUCUUAAGCUCAAACAGAACUCCAAUGUAGAAUAUGCAUGUGGUGGCACCCUUAUAACAAAUCGUUUUGUUUUAACCGCCGCGCAUUGUUUUGAUGGACAAGAGCUAUUAGAAGUGCGUUUGGGGGAACACAGAAUAUCCACCGAACAAGACUGUGAUGACAUAGGAAACACUCGCAUAUGUGCACCACCAGUUAGAGAUAUUUCUUUCGACAACAUUUUUGUGCAUGAAAAUUACUCACGAGACCCUGCUGAAAAUGAUAUUGCAUUAAUCAAGUUAUCGACAGACGUUGAGAGCAGUCUUAGCAUUCGGCCCAUCUGUUUGCCAGUAAAUUACACACUUCAACAAGAAGCUGAACAUCACGAGAUAUUCAGGGUAACUGGCUGGGGAGCAACCGAAAGGUCAAACCACUCCGAUGUUCCCAAGGAGACGGGAGUCGAUAGGCAGAAUCAUUCUCUCUGCCAAAAUGUAUACGGACAAAGCAUGAAAUCGAGUCAAAUCUGUGCUGGUAGCUUCCAAAAGGAUUCAUGCAAAGGUGAUUCUGGUGGUCCACUAUUUUAUCCAACUGUAUAUAAUGGAGUGCAACGUAUGGUACAGUUUGGAAUAGUCAGCUAUGGUUCGUCUUCUUGCGGGGAUGGAAAACCGGGUGUCUACACAAAUGUUGCCAGUUUUAUACGCUGGAUCGCUGACAAAUUAAUUGCUAAUUAGCGAUAAAUUUCUGUUGUAUUUUCAUUUUUAAUAAAUAUGAAUGAAUAUAUUGAGAGCAUAA